CACCAUCUUCCUCCCACAACCGGAGUAUUUUUAUCCCCUGCACCCUCUAUAACCAAGUCCACCCCCUCCCCUCCACCAGCACUCCCCUCAACCCAGACCCCUACCGAAAGAACCAUGUCACUCCCCCGAAUCGCCUGUUUCCACGGCGGCGGCUCCAACUCAACCAUCUACUCAAUCCAAUGCGCCCAACUCUCCAACCUCCUCUCACACGACUUCCAACUCGUAUUCUUCGACGGUCCCUUCACCCGCGACGCCGGCCCAGGCGUCCUCCCCGCAUUCAGCAACCACGCGCCCUUCAAAUCCUGGUUCACGGCCGACACCACCGGCACCGAGAUCCCCGACGGCAGCGGCUAUGAUGCCUCAGGCCGGGACGGUAUCGAACGGGUAUGGAAAUUGAUGAGGGAGAAUGAUUGGGCGCAGGAGGGGGCUGUUGGGCCGUGGGUGGGCGCCAUUGGAUUUAGUUUAGGGACGAGAGUGGUGGGGGGGUUGUUGUUGGAUCAGCAGAGGAGAGAGGAGGGGUGGGGUGAGGGUGUGAGUGCGGGAGAGGGGAUAAAGUUGAAGUUUGGGGUUUGUUGUAUGGGGGCGGGGAGGCCGAUGGGGUCGGAGGUUGGGAAACACUUUAAUUUCGACACGGAUGUGGUUAGUAUUCCUACGCUGCAUGUCCACGGACUCAAGGACUGGGUGUUGCCGUUGAGUCGUCAGCAGUAUGAGACGUAUUAUGACUCGAAAUCGAAACGGUUGUAUGAGGUUGAUUAUCAUCAUGCUAUGCCGUGGGUGAAAGAGGAGGUGGAGCAGUUGGCGCACCGGAUACGGCAGAUUUAUAAGGAGAGUGUUUAGCUGAUUGUCACUGUGUUUAUGAUGAUGACGGUAUAUGAUAUUAUAGACUAUAGAUCAAUAACCAUGAUCCAGCCUAAUACAAAGACCCCAAAGAAUGACACCAAUGUUAUUUC